AUGAUCUACUCACACGAUUAUGAACAGGUUCCUAGUAAUAUCAAGGCAGAGCAUAGCCAGACCCAACAAGAUGGUGUUCAUGUUACCUGGUCGGACCAGCAUGUGUCUUUCCAUCCAUGGAACUGGGUGAAAUCAAUGGCUCCCUCGCAUCGGCAAGAGGGGGUGAAUGCCGCACCGUCAAAGGCUCCAGGCUGGAGUGCGAACUCGUGGGAUGAAUGGGCAGAGGCUAGAGAGACUGACUACAAAGACGUCAUGGACAAAAACGGCACGGGAAUGGCUAAGCUAACGGCUGCAAUUUAUCACUACGGGCUGGGGUUCGUGAAAAACACACCAGUUAGCCCAGAAGCCACGGAGGAGCUACUUGAGAGGAUUGGGCCCGUCCGAAAUACACACUACGGAGGCUUCUACGACUUCGUACCUGACUUGGCCAAAGCCGAUACCGCGUACACGAACAUCGCACUCGGCGCGCACACGGACACGACGUAUUUCACGGAGCCGACGGGACUUCAGGCUUUCCAUAUGCUCUCUCAUAUCCCCCCACCUGGCGAGACGAACGAUGCAUUGGGUGGAGAGUCGCUGCUGUGCGACGGGUUCUACGCCGCAGAAAAGUUGCGCGAGAAGCACCCUGAAUAUUUCAAGACACUUUGCGAGGUCAAGAUUCCUUGGCACGCAAGUGGAAACGAGGAUGUUGCCAUUGCUCCAGAUGCUACCUAUCCAGUUAUCGAAACAGAAAGUGGUUUAGACGGUCCGAUACGCCGGAUCCGUUGGAACAACUCGGACCGCGGUGUUGUCCCACUCGAAGCCGGUUUUGAUGUUGUGGAUAGAUGGUACGCUGCAGCGCGUGAGCUGGACUCUAUUAUUAAGAGCAAAGAGAGCGAGUGCUGGUUCCAGCUCCAGCCUGGAACAGUCCUAGUAUUUGACAAUUGGAGAAUACUCCAUGGCAGAGCCGAGUUUAAGGGACUUCGAAGGAUGUGCGGCGCCUACAUUAACCGAGAUGACUUCGUCUCACGUUGGAAGCUGUCCAACUACGAUCGCGCAGAUGUGAUCUUACACAACAUGUGGCAGCAUAGAUAG